GUUAUUGUGCUGCAAUGAUAUCUCCCGGCUGCUGCGAGCACUUCCGGGAUUGAUACGAUGGCCGAUUUGAACGCCAAGUAUCAGAAAUUGGCAGCCGAAUACUCCAAGCUCAAAUCCCAGUAUCCAGUUCUGAAGAAGGCAUACAUUGAUGAACAAGCAGAAAGUGAAAAACUAUCGCUGACUGUGAAGGAGAAGGACCAGUCCAUUCGCAAACUAGAACAAGAGGUUGACAGUCUUGUUUUUCGUAACCAGCAACUGUCAAAACGGGUGCUAUUUCUGCAAGAAGAUUUGGAACAGAUUGAGACAUCCAAAAAGAAAAAAGGAAAGAGCAAUGAUGCGGUGAGCACAUCUGAUGGCGUGAGAGGAACUAGUGUGUUGAGCGAGGAGCUGCAUAGUAAGAUAGAGGAGAAUGCUCGGCUUCAUAAACAGCUGCAUGAGGCCAACCAUCAGUAUCAGGGCAAGAUCCAGGAGCUGGAGCACCGCCUGAACACACUGGAGCGGGAGAACAGUCAGCAUGAGGAGGUCCUCAACGCAACCAGGCUGAAGAGCAAGACCCAGGUGGACAAACUCCAGGAGGAGAAGGCAAUGCUGGAGGUGAAGCUUCAGACUCUGGAGACAGAAAUCAAGGAGUUCCGAGGACGUGCGGAGGGAGCGGAAGACAAGCUGGGAGCACUUCAGCAGCAUCUCCAAGGCAAGCUGGAUGUUGCCACCAGGAUCAUCACAGACAAACUGCCCUUCAUUGACACCAAAAACCGAGAUCUAAACAGCCUCAAUCUCCCAACACAUGAUCGAAAACAUCAGCUACGAGCCCGGGAGCUGGUUGGCCAGGCUUCCAACCUCGUCGCUGAACUUGUGCAGGGCUUGUCCAACUUCUAUACAUACAGUGAACAGAGGUCCAAGAUAUACCCUGCUGAUGGCGUGUCCGAACCCCUCAGUCAAAUAAACUCUCAGUAUUGUAAAUACCUCCACGAAAACCUUGCCUACCUACGACCAGUGGAACAGUCUUUACAACAUUUCUUUGAGACACUCAAAGAGGAUGCCCUGACAACACUAGAAACAGCCACAGACCUACAGGGAUUUUCGAAAAGCUUUGUCACAAUGGUGGCCUAUAUGAAUAAACUGUUGCCUUAUCAGUUAUCAAGUAUAGAAGAGGAGUGUGCUGUGUCUUCCUGUACGUCAACACUUGCUGCCAAAAACAUGGAGCUGUACAAGUCUUUAAAGAGGCUAAACGCCACCUUCAACAAGAUAGAGUCCUACACCACCAUCCUUGCUACCCAGAGUGACAAGGGCCAGACCCCCCACCCUCAAUCAAACUAUGGGUCUCUCUUCACGCGGCUGUGUAAAGCUCUCAAUGACAUGCAUGAAGCAGUGAAGGAGGUGUCGAAGCAUUACAACUCCAAGGUGUCCCUGGAGCACCAGCUUCCAACAGCCACACAGAAGCUGAAGACAACCGAUGAAUGUGUCGUUGCAUCUCUUGUGUCCCUUGUCACCAACACUGGGAAGAUAGCAACAUUCAUGUCGGGCAACCUUUCCUUCUUCACUGAGACUGCUGGGUAUCGCACCCGCGGCAGUAGUAUCGGGACAGACAAUGAGCAGGACGGCCCUCGCUCACAUCCAGCUGUUGUCCAUUUCCGGCAGCGAGCUGCAAACUACAUCUCCUGUAUAUCCAGGACCUGCCCAGACACUGUGCCUCACCGGGUAGCCGUACAGAACAGGAAGACACUGCUCAGCUCGAAGGAGAGUAAGGAAGGAUUAGCCAAGCAGGUGUCGGUGUUCCAGCAGAGGUGUGGCAAGCUGGAGCAGGAGAAGGAACACUGGAUGCUGGAGCUGCAGCUGCUGAAGAUCAAGUACGAGAACGAGGUGCAGAAAUCCAGGAACCUGGAGAAGGACCUCGCCUCUUUAAACAACAGUGACAAGGUUGGAUCAAUAGAGGACAACCUGGACACACAGACUGCAACUCCACGCAGUGCCAGUCUCAGCUCCAGUCCCGGAGUUCAAACAAACAUGCUGGGUAAGCUUGAGAGGGAUGCAGCCAUGAACAAUGAUGUAGACAGUCGUGAGCAGCUGAUAAAGGACCACUUCGGGAAGCGGAUCAAUGAGCUGACGCUGCAACUACAGCAGACGGACAGCAAGUGUGUCAACUUCCACUCCGAGGUGCGCGCACUGCACACGCAGCUGGUGCUGUCGGACAAAGCGAAGGCUUCAUCGGUAGAGGAACUUACAGUGGCCAACCAGACUCUGGCACAGCUCAAGGAUGAGCUGCAGACAACGUCACGGAGCUACGAGGGUCAACUGAGCAUGAUGAGUGAUCACCUGGCAGGGAUGAAUGAAAAGUUGACUCAUCAGAAGGACGAAAUAGAUGAACUCAAAAUUCAGCUUCAGAACACAUCAUCAAAGAGUCACAAAAAGGGCAAGAAAUAAGGCCAUAUAACUUGACAAUGAAACAAAACAUAAUAAGUGUACAUUUCAUGAAGACCUUGGGUUGAGAUGCAGACAACUCCACAGAGACAGCAUCCAUACACAGCAACAGAAUGUGUGACCAACUCCAACAGAGGAUGCUCAGCUCAACCUGCAGCUCCACAUGAAAAUGCCAAUACUUCCCUUGUUAUGGUAGAAGGGGAUUUACUGUGAUAAGAACAGUCUGACUGAAAAUGGUCAAAUUUGUCAGAAACAUGUUAAGGAUAAUCAGAAAUGUGUACAGUAAAUUAUAUAAUAUGUGUUGUGGCUAACCACCCAGCAUUGACAUCUGUAGUUCUCUCAAGUCAUAAUGUGCCUGCUGCUUCUGACUAAGUAGUGCUAGAAAUCAUGCAGGUGUAUGCUAUUUCUCUCCUCUUCAGCCAGUGUUGCAAGCUUGUUAUGCAUUCAUGGUAUAAACACUGUUAACAUCUCUGUUGUUAGUGGCCUACUAAUGUGCAAUAGUGUUUCCGCACUGACAAUAGUAUGCCUGUUGCUGUGCACAAGUCACAGAUAAAGCCAAGAUGCACCAUUCUGGCUUAGUAUGGACGUAUAUAUUUUCCAUGAUAUAAACUUCCAAUGUACUUCAUUACAAUUAUUGCUUACAGAGAAACCUUAUGAAGGGUAUCCUCCCAUUUGUCACACAUGCCAUUUGUCACACACUAUUAGUCCUGUACCAUGACUGUGGAAUUUAUAUGUUUAAGGUGUUAUUUUUUCACUAAAAGCCUAGGCAAGUAUUGAUCAAACCAACCAAAUCUAGUUUGCUUGAUGAAAACAGCAGAAGAGGAAAGGUUCUUUCGAAAAAAUAUUUUUAUUAUUUUAAAGACAUGUUUUCAAUGACAAGUGUUACUCUAACACACCUUUACGCAUCAUAGGACAUGGUUGUCUGCAUGCUGAUCCCCUUCCUUGUACCUGACAGUUAGAAUGAUUCAGGCAGAACAACUCAAUACCAGAGUGUCUAGAGCAUCUAUACAUGUGUACUAUCUAUUAUGCACUAUAUUUUUCAUUACCUUAAAUAUUAGUUAUCUAAACUGUGACUUAACCUCACAGCUUCUUAUCUCCAAAUUAUUGUGUGUGAGUUGGGUUUAACGCAGCUUUGAAUAGUAUUCCAGUUAUAUCAGGGCACAUCCGCUUAAUGUUGGGAGGUAAGAGCAAAGUGAAACCCAGGAGCACGGUAAUGGUGCUGACAAACCUAGAAACAUUAUCACUGCAAACCAGGAUUCAAGCCCACAAUCAUAGGUGUCUGACAUAGCCAAGGGAUGCAACUUUGCACAGCGAUUCGCAUCGCCUUAGACAACUGGACCACCCCUCACAAUUAGAAGUAAGGUGGAUUAUACAUGUACCUUUAAAACAGUAGGUAUUGUCUCAAUUAAUCACAAUAUUCUCUGUGUGACAAAUGACAUAUGUAACUAAUGGUAGAACCUUAUAAAAAGCAUUUUCAAGCAUCAUGUUGAUAGGUUUCUGGACUAAAUGAUGUAACAUACAGUAUUGCCUUGUUAACUCAAAGUCCUGAUGAUCAUCAAAAAUAUGUAUGGAACAUCGACUGACACAAAUGAAGUACUGGUAUCAGGUGGAAGGUCUCCAAAACCCAAGUCAGGCCUUUUGGAUUGUCCUUAUUAUUACUUCAUUUUUUGUCAGUUCAGAAACCCAAAAUGCAAAUGUUAUCACUUUGUGAUGUGGCUAUGUGUUUGCUAUUCUACUUUUCUCUGCCUCUGUGUAUGCAGCAUUAAGAUGCUUCACUACAAGAUGAAAGGGCCAACAGUUUUUAUCCUGCGACAAAUUACUUUUUGAGAUACAGUAAACUACGGAAGUCAAAGGGACUACUAAUUUUAGUUCGUUAUAAUCGUAAUUCGUUAUAAGCAUAUAUACAGCAUAACUACAGCAUAUAGUCGGGACUAAAAAGUUAGUUCGUUAUAUCCGUUAGUUCGUUUUAAGCGUGUUCGUUAUAACCGUAGUUUACUGUACUUAAUAAUGGUCUGAUGUCAUGACAGCUGUUCAAAUCGCCUCCUCUGUAUCCUUGGUAAUAUUGUUCUGUCAUUCCUGUCAAAGACUAUGACACAUCCAGUUAUCAAUCGGUGAAAUAGUUUCUUAUAAUGAGUCUGAUAAAACGUAUCAUUGCAUUGACUGUCGUGAGAAUAAAAACAGGCAAGGAUGUAUCCAACAAAAUGUAUUGGUGAUAUGAUGUAGAGUCAUGUCUUGACUGUAGGACCCCAUCGCGGCUCUUGGCUUCAUCACGUGAUAUAGGGUCAUGUCUUGACUGUAGGACCCCAUCGCGGCUCUAGGCUACAGUAGGGUCUGCACAGUGUAGGGAUCAUUUCUCUUCCGUUAGCUAUGCAAGGUUCAUGUCAUGACUUUUACGCAGCCUCACAGUAUGUAUUCACAGUGAUUGAGGAACAUAGAAUAACAAACAUGUGACGUAUUGGUGGUGUUAUGUCCAGGAAGAGGUUUCACAACGUCAAUACUUGUACAUACAGUAUAAGCUUGUGUUCACAACGUUGAUCAGUGGAUGGGGGCACAUGAUGCAUGCGAUCCAGCAAGGUUUUGAAGUGGUUCAUGGUAUCCGUUUAUUGAAAUGUAUAUAUGAAGAACAGACAGAGGGUAUGUAUUUACUCCAUAUCCUGAGGUCUGAUCCGUGAUGAUGUAUGUGAAUAAUGUGAUUAUGGAUAAAUGUGAAGCAGAUCAGAAGCGAG